ACACGGUUUACUAACAGGCUGUUGUUUGAACAGUUUAAUUUCCUUCUUCUACCGCAAAGUAAAGUUCAGCAUGGGUCUGCUUGUGAAAGAAAAUGAAAGUACCACGAUUAGCAGUCUGCGUAUCAACUGACCAAACGUUUUGCCGCGCCUCAGCUGGCCUGCACCGGAGGGGUUCGUGACCGCUCGUGAGUAAUAGCCUCUAUCAAGGAGAUCUGGUCCGUGUCGCACCAAUGUUAGUCUCAUUUCGAUCAAUCUAGGCUAUACCAAAAAAGGAUGUAGCCUACAUGCGUGGAGAUGGGGGGCGGAACGCCUAAGACCACUUUACUGCAGCCAGUGAAUAGCGGAAGACGAGUGUCGGGCUUUUGAGUCGCGCCGAUGACAAUGGAGUUUUCCGAGCACAUCAAGACGGCUAACGUCGACGACGUUGUCUUGAAGCUUCCUCUUCGCCCGGCGCUCAAAGGGACCCUGUGCGUUACUGCCCACCAUCUCGUGUUCUCCGAAAGAAAAGAGGAGGGUUCUUACCAACUUCUGUUGCUCCUCAGGAGCGUAGACGCCAUCGAGAAGAGCGUUGAGAACCUACUAGGAUACCCCCAGUACCCCAGCGCUGGCCCAGGCCAAAGAAUGACUGGGUUAUCUGGGUCUUCAGGAACAAUCGUCAUAAAGUGCAAGGACCUGCGUAUUCUCCAGUUCGAUAUUCCAGGCAUGGAGGAGUGCCUCAACGUUGCCAGCUCCAUAGAGGCUCUUUCCUCCUUGGAGAGCGUGACAGAGUUGUAUCCAUUUUUCCACCGCCCUCGAGAGUUGAGUCUGAGUGAGCCCUGGGGCCUGUCCUCUCCACAGCAGCAGUAUGCGCAAACAGAGAGACUGUGGGACAGAUGGAGGCUGAGUAAAGUGAACAGGAACUUCUCGGUGUGCAUGUCAUACCCGCGCACCGUCAUCGUGCCCUGCGCCAUCGAUGACAUCACGUUGGCGAAGGCGGCAAGCUUCCGUCAGGGUGGCCGGUUCCCCGUGCUCUGCUACUAUCACCGCAGCAACGGGAUGGUGAUUAUGCGUAGCAGCCAGCCUAUGACGGGAGCCAACAGGAAGCGGUGUAGGGAAGAUGAGCUCCUCCUCCAGGCAGCGAUCGACGAAUCAGAGAUGGGUUACAUCAUAGACACACGCUCCGCCCAGCAGGCCCAACAGGCCAGGAUGGCAGGAGGAGGGUUUGAGUCCAAAGCCUUUUACCAUCACUGGAGGAGACUACAUAGGCACCUGGAGAGAGGUAAAGUUUUGCAGGAGAGCUUAAUUAAGCUGGUAGAAGCAUGUGGUGACCCAUCUCAGAAUAUGGACCGCUGGCUAAGUAAGCUGGAGAACUCAAAAUGGUUGUCGCACGUUCACAGCGCGCUGUCUACAGCCGGCCUGGUAGCAGAGUGCGUGGAGAGGGAUGGUCACUCAGUGCUUGUACAUGGUUUUGAGGGGACGGACACCACGUUGCUUGUGACCUCAUUGGCUCAACUCAUCCUAGACCCCGCCUCCAGAACUUUCAGGGGCUUCCUCCAGCUACUGGAAAGAGAGUGGGUACAGGCGGGCCACCCGUUCCGCCAGCGCUGUGCCCACUCCGCCCACUCCCACGCCCGGCUGAGGCAGGAGUGCCCGGCCUUCCUGCUGCUACUGGACGCCACCUGGCAGCUGGGCCGUCAGUUCCCGUUGGCGCUGGAGUUCAGUGAGGUCCUGCUGCUGCGUCUGGCUCAGGAUGCCUACGCCUCGGACUAUGGCACCUUCCUCUGCAGCAGCGAGCAGGAGCGAUGUGCUUUGCAGGUGAAGGAAAACACUCACUGUUUGUUCCAGUUCUUGUUACGGCGUGAAGAGAGAGAGAAGUAUGUGAACCCACUUUAUGAGGCCACAGAUCUGGCUAUCUGGCCUUCUGUGCACCCCCAGUCCCUACAGCUGUGGACUGGCCUGUUCCUCAGGUGGACAGAAUAUGCCCAAACCAUGGACGAGGCUCGAGAAGAGAUCUGGACUAUUGUGAAAGAGCGCAAAGAGACAGACAGACCCAAGGGAUGCGCACACACAACUCUCUCUCGACAUGACUCCUUCACUAAUGUGGAGAAUCUCAUGGAUGAAUUAACUGUAUUAUGAUCUCAAGACAGGAGGACGUUUUGCUCUCCUCUCUGAUGUUCCAGGAAAUGGAACUGACUAGCUGAAAUGACAGUGUGUGAUGUUAGAAGGCUUAAGCAGGACGUGGGGACGAGGCAUGUUGAAACAAACAUUUUAGUAACAGACCACCUACACUUAGCACACAUGCUAUAUUACAUCAAACACCGACAAACAUACAACAACACACAAGACAUACAUACACACACACACACAUACACACACACAGAUGUUUGAGGAGGAGGGAGGGGCCGUAUCGUGACAGAGUCCCCCCUCAAGGGCGCCACUCCCGGCGCACCAGCCUAGCGGGCUGCGGACCCGAGACCACUGGGCAGUCCGCCACGGGCCAACGCGAGCAGGAGCGCGGGGGGGGAAUACCGGGACUAAGAUAAAGACACAUGAACACCACCACACAUGUUCAGUAGUCCGGGGAAGGGAGAAGCCACCCCAGCCAGUCCACCAGUCAUCGGCUGACCAGCCUGGAGAGGACUGUCCUUUGCUGGCUUGGGCAGCGGCGUCUGUCCCGAUUUUGGUGCAUGCGCGCUGGGAAGCGCACCAGCCAUGUUGCCCGGUUCUGGUGCAGGCACUGGUGUCGCUGGUUUUUUGCCUCCACGAGGCUUAGGCGUAGGUGCUUGCGCUUUGGGGGCUCUCGCCUUAGGGAGAGGAGUGUCUUCCUCUGAAGAAGAUGCCUCUAUGCUAGCCACCCAGGGCAGCUUGCUUGUUCUGGCACACAUGCUAAAGUACAUCAAACACCAACAAACAUACAACACCACACCAGACAUAUAUAUAUAUAUAUACACACACACACACACACACAC